AUGGCUGGCGAGACGAUCAUCGAUGGCGUCGACUAUUCCACUGUCAAUCCGGCGAAUAAAUGGCGAAUUCUCAAGACUCAAUGGCGCUUUGCUCUGUGGUCUCUCUUCAUCUCCUGCGGCCUCGUCAUGCAAGGCUUCGAUCUUGUCGCCAAUGGUCAGCUAGCUGCACUCCCUGAGUUUCAGAAGCAGUUUGGGGUUCGACAGCCGGACGGCGAAUACCUGCUGCCAUCUCAUUAUCUCUCAGCUUGGAGUUCCAUUGCACCUGCCACAGAAGUGGUUUCCACGUUAAUCUGGGCCCCCUUGCUCGAGAAGUUCGGACGAAAACCAGGAAUCGUAGCCGCGGCCGUUAUUUCAGCGGCCGGAGUUGUUCUCCAACAGAUGGCAACAGAAUGGAAGACUCAUCUCGCAGGCCGUGGGGUAAAUGGUAUCGCCAUCGGCAUAAUAUUUACAAUUUCACCGCUGUGGAUAGGAGAGACAAGUCGUCCGGAGUUGCGAGGCUUUUUCCUUUGCUUCUUUAAUACCAGCGUUGUUUUCGGACAAUUCGCAGUUGUGGUCGUCUCAAGAGGUGGCAGCUAUCUUGACGGCAAAUGGCAAUGGUGGCUUCCUGUAGUCGGGAUGUAUUUUUUCCCAUUGGUCCUCCUACUGGGAUACCCCUUCUUCCCCGAAUCACCCUACUGGCUAGUAAGGCAAGGGGAGCGUGAGCAAGCCCGCAAAUCACUUAGAAGAAUACAUGGCUUCAAGAACCAGGCCUUUUACGAUAUCGAGCUCGCACGCAUGGAGGAUGAAAUUCGAGUGUCGGUGGAAGUUCAACGCGACCAUGAGCCCACGACAAGCAAACGGUUCUUCGGUAUUGAUCUGUCAGCAGAGAUAGAAUGUUUUCGCGGCACCAACCUCAAAAGGACCAUGGCCUCUGUUCUCGUUGCAUGGGCACAGCAGGUCAUCGGGGCGCCGUUCGUGGUCGGAUACUCGACGUACUUCCUCGAACGCAUCGGUAUCAAGGACGCCUUUAACGCCUCUGUUGCGCUGUACGUGAUAAUGGUGGUUGCCAGUGCCAGCACCUUUCCUUUGACCGAGAUCGUCGGCCGCCGCACCAUGAUUGUAUGGCCUGAGUUUGUUCUGUGUUUUAUCCUGCUGCUCAUCGGCAUCAUGGGCUGUGUUCCGGACCACACGCGGGCAAAUUGGGCCAUCAUCGCCUUCAUGUAUAUCUGGACUGUGGUAUUCCAAAUGUCCAUCAGCGCCACAGGCUUUGUCCUUGCAUCUGAAAUAGCGACGGUUCGUCUCCGGGCUGCCACUCAGGGAAUGGUUACCAUAUGCAAUGCCCUCGCCUCCCUUGUUAUGUCAUUCAUCAUGCCAUAUCUGAUCAAUGCUGAUGCGGCGAAUCUCGGCGGAAAGGUGGGAUUUGUUUUUAUGGCGACGGGACUGGUUGUGUCAGUCGCUGGCUACUUCCUCUACCCAGAAACAAAGGGAAUACCGUUUGAGAAACUCGAUCAGCUCUAUGAGCUUGGAGUCUCCCCGCGGCACUUCAAGAAGAUGGCUCCGGGAAUUAGCACGACGGGGACUUUGGAAAUGAAGAAUGAGGCGGUGGUUGUUCAGGAAGAGAAUGCAACCCCCCGAUUACUCUGA